CGCGCGGUGGAUCGAGGGGAGGGAGGUAAACAAGAUGGCGGCAGCCUUGAAGCAGCAGCAGCUGUGAAGAACAGAUGCGAGAAAAUAAACGAACGAAGAGUAGAACAGCAGCAGAAAGGCGAGUUUCCGUCCGCCAUCGAGUCGUGCUGAUGAUCGCAGCCUCAGGUCGGUAUUUUGGAUCUUGGUCAUGGAUUUCCCGUAAUGCUGAAGUGAAAUCGCUAAUCCUCACCAAAGAGAGCGUUCACGUGCUUCUGGAAAGGAUGCGAGGUUUCCCAGCGGCCCGACGCUGACCUGCGCUUUUUCUGAGACUGAAGUUUUGAUUUAGGGUGUUUCUGCAAAGAUGUCCAGAGCUCCAGCGAUUCCCAGCGUCGGCUAAUAAAGCCUCGGGACUACAACCUAACAGCACCAGCAGUUAUCAAAGACUUGUUAGACGCGGUUUGUUUUAGGUUAUCCUUUGGAUCUGUUCGUUUCACCCUCCGGUUCACCGAGCCGCCGUCGCGCGAUGCUCCUGCUGCGGUUUAACAGGCGUUUAUCAAUUGUGAUGUUGUUCUACUGACCGAUCUCCCCAAUCUGAACUGCUCCUCCGUUGCUUCGGAAUACCGAUAUUCCCGUCGAGCGAUCGGGAAAGAGCGCGGGACCGGCGGAAGGAGAGCGAGAGGCCCGGGAAGAUGAGCGUAGGUGGCGAACUCCAGCAUCUGGACUACCUGACGGAGAACGAGCUCAUGGGGAUGGACACCUUCAUCCACCGCAUCGACUCCACCGAGGUCAUCUACCAGCCCCGACGCAAGCGCGCCAAGCUGAUCGGGAAGUACCUGAUGGGCGAUCUGCUCGGGGAGGGGUCGUACGGGAAGGUCAAGGAGAUGUUGGACUCGGAGACUCUGUGUCGCAGAGCCGUUAAGAUCCUGAAGAAGAAGAAGCUGAGGAGAAUUCCCAACGGAGAGGCCAAUGUGAAAAAGGAGAUUCAGCUGCUGAGACGACUACAGCACAAAAACGUCAUCCAGCUGGUGGAUGUGCUGUACAACGAGGAGAAGCAGAAAAUGUAUAUGGUGAUGGAGUAUUGUGUCUGUGGAAUGCAGGAAAUGUUGGACAGCGUUCCAGAGAAGAGAUUUCCAGUAUUUCAAGCUCACGGGUACUUUUGCCAGCUUCUGGAUGGUCUUGAAUACUUGCACAGCCAGGGAAUUGUACACAAAGAUAUUAAACCAGGGAAUUUGCUGCUCACUACAGACGGGGCGUUGAAGAUCUCUGACUUGGGUGUAGCGGAGGCGCUCCACCCGUUUGCGGAGGACGACACGUGUCGGACGAGUCAGGGGUCGCCGGCGUUCCAGCCACCAGAGAUCGCCAAUGGCCUGGACACGUUUUCAGGGUUCAAGGUGGACAUCUGGUCUGCUGGGGUCACACUAUACAACAUAACCACGAGCCUGUACCCGUUUGAAGGGGACAACAUCUAUAAGCUAUUUGAGAACAUUGGGAAGGGCGACUACACUAUUCCAGAGGAGUGCGGCCCGCUGCUCUCGGACCUGCUGAGAGGGAUGCUGGAAUAUGAUCCUGUGAAGAGGUUUUCAAUACAGCGCAUCAGACAACACAACUGGGUGCGUAAGAAACACCCUCCCUCGGAGCCGCCCGUCCCCAUCCCACCCAGCGCAGAGACGCGUGACCGGUGGCGGAGCAUGACGGUGGUGCCGUACCUGGAGGAUCUCCACGGUUACGCUGAGGAGGAGGAUGAUGACGAGCUGUUCGAUGGGGAGGAUGACAUCAUAUACACUCAGGACUUCACUGUACCAGGGCAGGUUCCGGAGGAUGAGGAGGACGAGGAAGAUAGAUCGGAACAUCAGGACUGAUGGCGUUCUGAAGGAGAAUGUACAGUCCUGUGAAGACAAAUGACAGGAAAAUGUACAAUGAACUGGUUUUGGACGUGCACGUUCCAGGUUUCUGCAGGUCUUUCCUCAAAUUAAGGCCUUAAACUGUUUUAAAUCAGGUCAGGAAGUCUUGAAUUGUAAAUGUUGCAUGCACUGCAAAAAAUGAACAUCUUGCAGCGUUUUCCAGAGCAAAAAUCUAAACAUCCUUCAGUCAAGAUGCAUUUACUUGAGAUGCACAACAGAGAUAUGAGUCUAGUCUGAGACACUAAACUCUGAAUAAAAUGAGUUUAUGCUUAAAGCAAGAACGAACAUCUGUCUGUAGGGAAAGAAAACAUGUUCUCCUUUUGAGUUAAGUUGAUUUUGUAUGUUUUUGUUUUAAGCUUAAACUCAUUUUACUUCUCAAGUCUUGUGAUCUUAAGGUACAGUGAAUGUGAUUCUGUGUUUGGAUCUGAGAUAAUUAAGCCUAAAGCUGUUUCUCUUUGUCAAAAAAAUUAAAACGAAUGCACAUCUUUUGGAAGAUUUUGGAAGUGAUGAUGUUCCCUUCAGUUUAUUCCUUGAACUUUCUUUACUUGGUCUUAAAAAGUAUUAAACAAGUCUUAAAUGUGUCUUCAUAAAUCCUGCAGAAAUCCCAAAGUUCUCUUGUUGGGAAUCAUAAUCGUCCUAAUGAAUCCUGCAGGACUGAUUCCCAAUUCUGGCAGAAAAACAUACAGAUUCCUGUAGAAUUGUUUUAUGAGAGGUAAUGCAGUGAUAGUCCUGACACUUCUGGACAACACAGGUAAAGCCACAGGACAAUUCAGAUGAAUUUAAAGCAGCUUCACCGUAAUAAACGGCAACAUAACGGUCUUAAUGUUGUAAAAUUAAUCAGUUUGAAAUUCAAUUUCAGCUGUAAAGCAGCUCUACUGUGUCAUUAUUGCACUCAACUCUUCUCAUCUGAAAGUGUCAGUGCGGUUAAAUCCGUAAUAAUAAUAUUACUGAAUAUCAACUGCUUAAAUGAGCAAGUCAAAGGUGAUAUUUUACAAAUGCUCAUUGUGUAUAUUUCAGCAAUUCAUUCCAGUGUGUUACAGUCAGGCUGACUCCCAAAACAACAACACGAUAAGGCUGUCAGAUCACAGCGACGUUUAUUCAGAGUGUUUGAUGUUAAAAGCAAAGCACGCUGAACUGAAACCAUCUCAUGAAUGUUGUGAUGUAUGUGGAGAGGUGCAUGAUGGGAAAUCUCAGUGAUUGUGUUUUC